AUGAGGAAAACUCAGAAUAUGUUCGAGCCAACGGAAUCAAUUCCGGUGGCUCAAGCUCGCUUAGCUCGCUCACGUGCGCACCAACAGCUGGUGGACGCUACUGAUCGUGGAGCACCUGAAAAAGAGCUCGGAGCUCUUUUAGUCGUUCGCGACGAAGCGAGCCUCCACCUGUCCAUUUUGAUGGAUCAGGAGGCACGCCGUUCGAGUGUGCCUAGCACGAGCAUAAGUUCGGAUCCUCAGAACUUAUCCCUUCGCUACUUCAAUCAGAAUAGCAUAAGUUCGGAUCCUCAGAACCUUCCCAGUGCCUCAGCUCAGAAUAGCACAAGUGCCUCAGCUGAGACGAGCAGCUCUGUCUUAGCUGAGAAUAGCACAAGUGCCUCAGUUGAGACUAGCUUCUUCCUGUGGGGCAUAUAUCCGAAUAUUGCGGGCGAAGCGAGCUACAUCACGCACAUCAUCACGCCGCAGCAACAGGGCACGCCCGACAGUUGCAACACUAUGCACGAAGAGCAGAUAUUCGAUGUGCAGGAUCAGAUGCAGCUCAUCACGCUCGGCUGGAUCCAUACUCAUCCCAGCCAGACCGCUUUCCUGUCCUCCGUGGACUUGCACACGCACUGUUCCUACCAGAUGAUGAUGCCGGAGGCCCUGGCCAUCGUGUGUGCGCCCAAAUACAACACCACUGGUUUCUUUAUACUCACGCCCCACUACGCUUGGCAAUGGCGCUGGUUUGCGACUUAUCCGUAUCCUGCCGAUAUCGCUUCGAAGGUCGAGUUUACCAACAUUGUAUGUACUUCCCUCGAUAAAGAGUUUUCCGACUUUGAGUACUGCUAUCUGAAGUCGGUGAAUCGGACCUACAAAUACGUGUCUGCUAAAUGUAACUUGUAUAAAACACCGAUAACGAAAGUGAAGGUAAAUUUUUCACUGUAUAAACGAUUCAAUGGUUAUAGGCCUUUUAUGUACAACAUCACUGUGGAUGCCUGUAGAUUCCUGAAGAAUCCCAAAUCGAACCCAGUUACAUUGUUCUUUUUUAGCUCAUUUGCUGAAUUCUCAAAUUUUAACCAUUCGUGUCCCUUCAAUGGGGCACUUUUUCUGGAAAAGUUAUCAAAAAAGUUAUUGCCGAAUAUGAAUUAG